UGCAAAAGCUGACGAAGAUCUAGAUCAUGAUCAAAAGUGAAAAAUCGAAUCGGUUGUUAGCAAGCGCAUCCACCAGAUCCGAUAUGUAUGAUGGAUGGUUGUUAUUUUGUUUUUUGAUUUGCAGACCAGAACGCCAACAGGUCACUUGAACAACCUUACGAGCAACGCAACCAAAAAGGUAGUAAAAUGAUGCUUUUCGUUGGGGUAUGUUUUGCUGGCCCGAACGAGAGCUUCUCGAAGCAGCUGCCGACGGAACGGGACAGGAAGACGACGGAGGCCGUAGUGGCGUUCGAGGAACAUGACACGGUUGCGGCGAUCAAACAAAAGCUGUUUGUGCAGGGCUCCAGCAUUCCUCCGGCAACCCAACUCCUUCUGAACCACACCACCACCGACGAGCUUUGCGAUUUGUGCACAAUAAGCGACUACCCGGCACUUCUGGCCGCUAUCAAAAAGCAGAAUGGAGCGCACAAAGGAUACCUGGAUUACCCCUUGUUACAACAGCACUGCGCGCUGGAGUACGGGAGACUGAGAAGUAGUGGAAGAGUCGAAUGCAGCGCGAUCAAAAAACAACAACAACAUUUCGCAGUUCUCGCACAUUCUACAAGAACCUCUACACCUGCGGUGCCGGUAAAUCAACUUGGGAGGCGCGCGUUUGCAGACGGGGUCUCGCAGAACGGCCGUGAGAACAAGAACUCCUGGAGAUCAUUAAACAGCGACCUCCGCGGGAGGAGCCAUAACUACGCAAAUGUGCGAAGAUCCCUGCAGACAGGAGUGGCCGCCCCGGGGGAGAGAAACACAAACAGAAGCCCACAGCUCGAGAACCCGUUUUACAACUUCAAGUCUGGUGACUUUCCUAAAGGAUCGAUUCAGCAGACGGAGUCGUGGGACAAAGAUGAUUCGAGAUCUUGCGUUUGGCAAGAGUUCGUCGAGCAGCACAAGGGCGUGCGCGGGCCGGUAUACGUUGAACUUGACUCGAACCAGCUUGGAGCGAAAGCCACCGACUUCUACUUCUAGUCCACUACCGGAUGUGUACUUAAAAAUAAGUGGUGAUAGAUAAAAGUUGUCGCUGGUGGAGUCCUCCUGGCCCGACUUUAUAGCGCGGCUGAAAGAGUCGUGGUUUUGGUUUUGCACGUGAACUUAAGGAUCGAUGAAGCGGAGUUCUUGCUGGUCCGAAAUAGAGGAGGAAUAUAGUAAGUCGCGUUUUUAUAGUAGAGUCGAUAUAACAAGGAAAAUGUCGAUAGUACAACUACAUCGACCUAUCUGUGGAAAGAUAACCGAUACUAAAGCUCCACUCUGAAACUUGGCCUGAUUUGCGCUGGGUCCGUAGUGGCUUCUGAAUUAAGUAAAAUCUCGCGGCGAGGAGGAGCCCAACGCGAGCCACUUUUUGAGACCCCGCGAGCAGGCGCUUGAUCAGUAGAUAUGCGCACCGGAAGAAGGAUGGUCUCUGGAACAGACGAGACACAGCAAUGUGAUGCGCAGCCGUUCAUUCCGCUUCCAGCGGAUCAGGAUGAUAUAUAUGAAUGAUGUGGAUGUAAU